AUGAGUAUGAAAUUCGAUAGUAUUGAAGGUUCAGGAUAUCCAACCGCAUUAGCAGCUUUUUCAGCAGGAGCAUCUCUCUGCUCCACAUCCUUAGGGUCAACUUUCAUUAUUCUCGCAUCCGCAAACCUUCAGAGAACACCAAUCGGUACUUUGAUAGCUGGCGCGGCAAUGCUAGAUGAUAUUCUUGUCCUCGUGAUGGUUAAAAUCAUAACAGCACUCGGACACUUAUGGAAAGGAAUAUUCUACGCUUGCUUGAUGUUUCUAGCCAAAGCUUCCGUGGGACUAGUUGUCUAUUUCGAAUUCUCCACCACAAGGUGGUCUCACAAGUGGACAGAGUUCAAAAAGAAAACACUUCCAAUACCAGAAGAACUUCCCCAACAAGACGGUUCACCAGAAGAAGUCGCUACAAACGAUCUCGCAAAUCAAAAAUUAAAAACAGACCCCCCUCAUCUCGAUGCCAUUAUAGUAGGGUCCACAAUGAUUGCUCGAGGAGGCUUUGGCUUCCUGGUAGCUUCAGAAGCGCAGAGCUCAGGCACCUUAAGUCUCUCCAAAACGCCAAUCAGGAUCCUAAAUAUGCAACUUCACUCGCACAAAGAUGCCGGGAGAUUGAGAACAUUAGAUGUAGUCGAAGAUCAAAUAUUCUUGGUGAUAAUCUGGGCUUUAGUUUUAUGUACGAUCGUUGGACCGGUUGUUUCGGGGAUUGCAGUGAGAAGAAAACUGGUCAAAGAGAGGGAAGGAGAGAGGUGCGAGUGUGGUGUUACAGUUGGGCUGAGAAUUUUUGGGACUGGGGACGAGGGGUUAGGAGGAUGUCAUCUUUGCUUGUAA